CACCUGGGGAAUUACAAAAACAAGCAACCUGGGUCUUUCUUUUUGAAUAAAAAAACCGAACUGUCCCGACGAACUUCAUGCACACAGUCCCCACUGCGGAAUACCGACCAUGUACACGACGGAGCGCAGGCGGAUGAGCCUGCGCGAUGGCAGGAGGACGGAUCCAGUUUGGGUGUCCGCUGGAAGUUGGUGGCAGGACUCUGUGGGGUUAGAGCUGGGCGCCUGCAGCGGCUCGGGUAAGCCGGUGAUCUCCCCGCGGAGCCGCACCAGAGCCGUGUCGGUGGCUUACAUCGUUAACGAGGACGCGUCUGUCCCGCAGACAGAGGAAAACUUGUCCCUGAAAUGUCUGAAGGAAGCAUGUGCGGACGCACACGCCACUUUAAAAACAUUCACUUUCGAGACCGUCUCCCUGGGAACCACGGACAUCCUGGAUAGUUUCUACAACACAGAUGUAGCAGUGGUGGAGAUAAGCGACACCUUCUGUCAGCCGUCGCUCUUCUACCACCUGGGAGUGCGAGAGAGUUUCUGUAUGACUAACAACAUCAUUCUGUAUUGCUACAAGCAGGAUGGAGAUCUGCAGGCGCUCAAGGAGCAGUGUGGGAGUUACACCUUCAUCCCUUACAUGGUGUCACCUCAAGGCAAACUGUUUGCCUGCGACUCCACAAUCAUGACCUGCAUCAAAGAGUGGAUGCAGCCCAGUCUCAAGCUGGAGCCCCUUCUCACCCCGCUGGUGGAGAGGCUGGUGCACCUGCUGAACAACGUGCACAUCCAGUCAAGUGAAUACUUCCGGGAGUCAAUCCGGCAUGAGAUUCGGAUUGCACGGGAGCGGUUCAGCGGCCCCGCCCUGAGUGAAGAGCUGGGUCGGAUCCAGCAGCGUUUGGACAGCGUAGAUCUGCUCACUCCUGAUAUCAUCUUAAGCCUGUUGUUGUCCUACAGGGAUGUUCAGGACUAUGACGCAAUGAUCAAACUGGUGGAAACUCUGAGGAACCUGCCGAUGUGCAUGGUAGCACGGCAUCAAAAUAUCAAGUUUCACUACAUAUUUGCUCUAAACAGGAGGAAUCACCCCGGUGAUCGCACAAAGGCUCUGCAAGAAAUCCUACCGAUAGUGGAGUCGGGGAACAACGUGGCGUCAGACGUGUACUGCUUGUGUGGUCGGAUCUACAAAGACAUGUUCAUGAGCUCCAUGUUCACUGAUGUCCCCAGCAGAGACCAGGCCUGCUUUUGGUAUGGUAAAGCUUUUGAGAUGGAGCCGACUCUUCACUCGGGCAUCAACAGUGUGGUCCUCCUCAUAGCUUCUGGACACGAGUUUGAGACUUCGAUAGAGCUGCGCAAAAUAGGGGUGACCAUUAGCACGCUGCUUGGUAGAAAAGGUAGUUUGGAGAAGAUGACACACUACUGGGAUGUUGGUUUCUAUCUCGGAGCGAACAUCCUUGUCAACGAGUACAGGAAAGUCAUAGAGGCCUCUGAGAAACUCUACAGACUGAAAGCCCCACUUUGGUUUGUGUCUUCCCUAAUGGAGACAUACACUUUGUAUCGUCAGUUUGCCAAGCUGCCAGAGGCAAGAUCUCCCAAACAGGACACUGUUGACUUUUGGGUGGAGUUGCUUUUGGAGAGUUCAAAGACCACUGUCUCAACUGACCGCUGUCCAGUCCUCAUCCUGGAGCCCAGUAAACUCCUCCAGCCAGCCAUCGUGAGCGUGAGCAAAGAGGACGAGAGUCGCACCGUUCACCUGAAACAUGUCACGGCUGUGAAGAAAGGCUUACAUCAGUGGACCUUCCCGGCAUCUGAAAUCCGAGGAGUGAGUGCAUCAAAGAUCGACGAGCGGAGCUGCUUCCUCUACGUUCACUACAAUUCAGACGACUUCCAGCUUUGCUUCCCUUCUGAGACUCACUGUAAGAGCUUCUGUGAGCUGGUGAACUCUCUGAUCCAGCUUGCUGAAAACCCCGCCCAGGACCGGGAACAUUUGUCAGGGGGAGUACUUGAGUAUGUUUAUGAGACCAAUGAAAAUGGUGACAAGGUGGUCCUUGGUAAAGGGACGUAUGGCGUUGUGUAUGCCGGAAGGGACUUGAGCAACCAAGUCCGAAUUGCCAUCAAGGAGAUCCCUGAGAAGGACAGCACGUAUUCUCAGCCUCUUCAUGAAGAGAUCGCUCUGCACAAGAGACUCAAACACAGGAAUAUCGUCCAGUACCUGGGUUCAGUCAGUCAGGAUGGGUUCAUCAAGAUCUUCAUGGAGGAAGUUCCAGGAGGAAGUUUGUCGUCUCUUCUGCGGUCCAAAUGGGGUCCUCUGAAGGACAAUGAACCCACCAUCAUCUUCUACACUAAGCAGAUCCUGGAAGGCCUGAAAUACCUUCAUGACAACCAGAUCGUCCACAGAGACAUCAAGGGGGACAAUGUGCUGAUCAACACCUACAGCGGAGUGUUGAAGAUCUCCGACUUUGGAACCUCUAAACGCUUGGCGGGGAUUAACCCCUGCACAGAGACGUUUGCAGGAACGCUUCAGUACAUGGCUCCAGAGAUAAUCGAUCAAGGACCUCGUGGUUAUGGAAAGCCAGCAGAUAUCUGGUCUCUGGGGUGCACAAUCAUAGAAAUGGCCACCGGCAAAACACCGUUCCAUGAGCUGGGAAGUCCUCAGGCAGCCAUGUUUAAGGUGGGCAUGUUUAAGAUCCACCCCAAAGUUCCAGAGUGCAUGUCCGACGAGGCCAAGGGCUUCAUCAUGAGCUGUUUUGAGCCAAACCCGGACAACCGCGCCCCGGCAGCAGAACUGCUGAUGAACAUCUUCCUCAAGUCUUCAGGCAAAAAGAAGCUGAAAGUCCUUCAGAAAUCAGAUAGUAAUGAUUCCACCAAUUCCGCAGACUAUCAGCGCAGCUUGUCUGUACCCAUCUCCAUCCUGGUUGAGGACACGGAUUCUUACUCCGGCUCGGUUGACAUGUCGUCCUCUCUGGACCUGAGAAGGCACAAAUCUGUUUUCCAAGCAGAUGAGAUCUCGGAGAGUCCGCCCAGCACCAGCAGCUUCAUGUUAAAACCGAGCGGCUCUGUAGUAGACAUGAGCAGUCCAGCCUCUUCAGAGGAGAGUAUGGGUCUGUUUAUGCUGAGAAAAGACAGUGAAAGGAGAGCGACGCUGCACAGAAUCCUCACAGAAUACAUAAGUAAUGUUGUCUCUAACAUACAACAGUCUCUGCCUCAGUCUGAUGACCGAUCACUUACUGCUGAUCACAUCAUCAAACUCGUCACCUGCUUGGGGGACAACAUCCGCUCCCCUGACCGACAGCAGCUGACCAGAGGCCUCCUGGAGCUGCGCUCAUCUCUCUCAUCAGCAGCAAUACCUGUCAACAACCUGCAGGUGGUGCUCUUUAACUUCCAGGAUGCAGUGAAGAAGGUGCUGAAGCAGCAGCAGGUAAAACCUCACUGGAUGUUUGCUCUGGACAACCUGCUGAGACAGGCGGUGCAGGAUGCCAUCACUGUCCUACUGCCAGAACUGAAGAUUCAACUCCAGUCCUCAUUUGAGAUGGAGGACAGCCCCCUGGAGGACCUGCCCGCCGAUCCAGACACGCCUGUAGUUCUCAACCCUGACCAGCUGGUGGAGCCAGACGACUCUCAACAGGCAGCCACCAAAAAAGACAACAACCUGCUCACCAUCAACCUCAGCUCCCCUACACAUAUCAUCCUCGACGGCAACUGUGCUCUCAGCGACAAACUGAGAGAUCUGAGACUCGAGACCAGGAGGUUGCUGAGUCAGCUGGCUGAGAAGGAGCAAGAGUACCAAGCGCUGCUAAAAAACUCAGUGAGGAGGAAACAGCAGCAUAUAGAUGCUCUGAGACAAGACGCUGUCGUCGAAGUUAAGGAGCUGGCCUCACGCAAGAACUCCAAACCAGAGACAAAGGCUUUGGUCCGCUGGCUGAAAUCCAUCCAGGUGGAUCAGGACACUACUGAUAAGCUGUUGGCUCAUGAGUUCACCUUGGACUCUCUUCUGUUCAUGGCCUGCAGGGAGGACCUGAUGUACUGUGGCUUAAGAGGGGGCAUGCUGUGCCGGCUUUGGGCUGCCAUCACGGCUCACCGGAAAACGCAUCUCAGCACGCACAGCGAGGUUUGCGAGGACACUCAUCUGUGAUCGCUCCAGGAGGAAAACGAGGAGAGCUGCUUACAUUUCUGAGAGUUGAUGAAAAGCAAAACGAGCUUUGAUUAACUGUGAAUUUUUUUUUUUUUUUUUUUUAGAAAAUGUCAAAUUCUUGUGUAUUUAAAGUAAAAUCAGAUUUUUUUUUUUUUUUUAUUAAUUUCUCAGGGCUGUGGCAGUUGGGCUCACUAUGUCUCCGCACAAACUUAAGUAUCACCUAAUGUAGCAAACUUUGUCAUAUUAGUUUAUCUGUCAAUGAACUGUAAACUAAUAACUGUUUUAACAUUAUUUUUCAAGAAUUACUAAUGCAAAAUUUUAGCUGCUUUUUUUUUGUUUUAAUAUUGCAUUAAAUUCUUUAUUUUAAUAGGCAGUGUUGGGUAUAGAACAUGUUUGAGUUUUAUGUCUUUUUAUUUUAAGAAAAUCAUUUGGUUAUAAAGUUUUUAUUACUGACCAACUUUCAUAUUUUUUUUUAGAUAUAUUUUAGUGAUGCUGUUUACUGUGUUCUACAGAGAACAAAUUUAAAUGAAAACCCUAUUUCUUUCAAGAGAAAAAGGGGGUUAAUGUCUAUCACAAAAUCUGUAUAGAUGUAUUUGCACAAUAAAGAGGAAAUAUUUAAUGUUU